AUGAAGGGGUUAACUUGCUUUGUGUUGUUGGUUUCUCUACAACUAUUCAGUGCUGAUGUUAGUCCAGUUGAAGAACUUUUCAGCCAAACAAAUAUUAAUCACUUGCAAGAUGUGCUGGAUGUGGGGAGCCCGUGUUGGAAAGCCAUUAAUGCAUCAUCUGUCAUCACCAAGUUCAUGAUGUUCGACGCCAGUGGUAAAAUACCAUCAGGAUUAUUAAACUACAACGGUUUCGAAUUGGGUAACUUUGAUGAGUGCUACAAUUUAGAAGAGGUCAUUGGUGAUGAAACUGUUUAUGGUAAAUACUGCCUUGGAACCAUACCCAUUCCUUCAGAUCUUAUACCGAAGAGUUCAAACGAAGAUCAAAACAUCAGAGCCAUUGGUCGCCAAUAUGUUGGGGUACACUUGGGUUAUUGCUUAUUAAGUUCUUGUACCACAGAAGACUUUUCUAAAAUUCCUCUCAGUAACUUCUAUGAUAAGUUCUGUUACUCCAAAGCAACCAAACCUGAGUUGGAUGCAGCUGAUGUAACAGCCAUUGUUAUUUUUGGUGUGUUUGCCACCAUUGUAGUCCUCUCAACUGUCUACGACUUGUAUCUUUAUUACAACGAAUCAAAACCCUCCCACCCAAUGCAAGUCGCCUUUUCCCUUUGGAGCAACGGCCUCAAAAUCUUCAAAACAACCUCAGGAGGUGACCAACUGUCGUGCAUCAACGGAAUCAAAGCCCUGAGCAUGGCUUGGGUCAUCUACGGACACGUGAACAGCGGCAUGGAGGGCUCCGCCAACUACAAAGACGUGCUGGACUACAUGAAAGACAGCAAAAACAUGUACAUGUUAAACGCACCCGUUUCUGUGGACACCUUCUUUGCCGUCGCCGGAUUGCUGACGGUCUACACCUUCUUGAAAGCAACCGAUAAGGGGGUCAAGUUCAACAUCCCCAUGUUCUACGUGCACAGAUACUUAAGGCUGACCCCAGCUCUGGCGGUUAUUGUGCUUUUCAACGCCACCCUGUACAGGCACAUGGGCAACGGCCCACUCUGGGGGAUGGUCGAAUCCGACGUUGAUAACUGUCGGGAUUAUUGGUGGUCCGCAUUGUUGUACAUUCAAAACUACGUUAACCCGGAAAAAAUGUGUGUGGGACAAUCUUGGUACUUGUCUGUGGAUACCCAGUUAUUCGUUUUGUCCCCCAUAGUAUUACUUCUACUUCUUUGGUACCCAACAAUGGCCCUUGUAGUUUUGGGGCUACUCAUUUUGGCUGGGAAUGUUGUACCCUUUGUUAUUACUUAUGCAAUGGAUUUACCUGGUACUUUAAGUAGUAAUGAUAGGUCUGUCCUAAUGGACUAUCUGAAGUACUACUACUUCCAAACAUACACACGUUUUGGUCCCUACGUCAUCGGUAUGUUGUUUGGUUGGUUAAUUUAUAACUUAAGGAAGAAGGAAGUAAUUAAGUCAAUGGAUAAAACUAAAAGAAAUUGGCUUGUUUUCACAACUUGGAUAAUAGCUCUGGCUGGACUUGGUGCUUGUCUUUAUGGUGGUGCUGAUAUUGUAACUGAAGAAGAAGAUAGUUUAGUAGCCAGGUCAUUUUACAAUGGACUCCACAGAAAUGGUUGGGCUUUAGGUGUCUGUAUGGUUAUAACACUUUGCUCAAUUGGUCAUGGAGGUCCAAUUAAUGGUAUACUUUCCAUUUCCCUUUUUCAAAUUUUGUCAAAAUUGUCAUACUCGAUGUAUUUGGCACACGGUUCCUUAGUUAUAUCUCGAAGAUUUCUGUCAGCAAAAGUCUUAUUCUACUUUUCUGUUGGUAAUAUCUUUCAUGCGUUCUUUGGUGAUUUUAUAACUACUCUAAUUUACUCAUUCUUCCUUUGUACUAUUUUUGAAUCUCCAAUCAUCAUCGUCGAAAAGUUUAUCUUCGGGGACCACAAAAAAUCAUCUGAGAAAUCUCCUAAACAAUUUGCUGUGGCGAUUUCUAAUCUAUCAUUGAUACAACAACCCAAAUCCCUUGAUAAUCUUGAAUAUAAAGGAGGGGGCCACAGAAAUAACACUUCAGUUCCACUCGACAAGAUGAAGGGGUUAACUUGCUUUAUAAUAUUGGUUUCUCUACAACUAACAAUUGCUGAACUUAAUCCAAUUGAAGAGUUGUUCAGUCGAAGUAAUAUUAAUUACUUGCAAGACGUGCUGGAUGUGGGUAGCCCAUGUUGGAGUGCCAUUAAUGCAUCAUCUGAGAUAACGAAAUUAAAGAUGUUUGAUGCCAGUUCUAAAAUACCAUCGGGGUUAUUAAGCUUCAACGGUUUCGAUUUGGGCAACUUUGAUGAGUGCUACAAUUUGGAAGACGUUGUAAAUGAUGAAGCUGUCUAUGGUAAAUACUGUCUUGGUACCAUACCCAUUCCUUCAGAUCUUUUGACUAAGAGAUCAAAUGAAGAUCAAAACGUUAGAGCACUUGGAGGCAACAAUGUUGGUGUACACUUGGCAUACUGCCUAUUAAGUUCCUGCACUGUAGAGGACUUUUCCAAAAUUCCCUUCAGUAAUUUCAACGAAAAAUUCUGCUACUCCCAAGCAACCAAACCUGAGUUAGACUCUUCAGACAUAACAGCCAUUGUUAUUCUUGGUGUGUUUGCCACCAUUGUAAUCAUCUCAACUGGCUACGACUUGCAUCUUUAUUACAACGAAUCAAAGCCCUCCCAUCCAAUGCAAAUCGCCUUUUCCCUUUGGAGUAACGGUCGCAAAAUCUUUAGAACAACCUCAGGAGGUGACCAACUGUCGUGCAUCAACGGAAUCAAAGCUCUGAGCAUGGCUUGGGUCAUCUACGGACACGUGAACAGCAAAAUGUUGGGCUCCAUCAACUACGAAGACGUACUGAAUUACAUGAAAGACAACUCCAACAUGUAUAUGUUGAAUGCACCAGUCUCCGUCGACACUUUCUAUGCCAUUGCUGGGUUAUUGACCGUGUAUACUUUCUUAAAAGCAACCGACAAAGGGGUCAAAUUUAGCAUCCCCAUGUUUUAUGUGCACAGAUACUUAAGAUUGACCCCAGCUCUAGCAGUUAUAGUACUUUUGAAUGCCACUUUGUACAGGCACAUGGGAAACGGCCCAUUUUGGGGGUUGACAGAGGGCGAAGUUGAUAACUGUCGCAAUUACUGGUGGUCAGCGUUGUUGUACAUUCAAAACUACGUCAAUCCGGAAAAGAUGUGUGUGGGACAGUCUUGGUACUUGUCUGUGGAUACGCAGUUAUUCGUUUUGUCACCUGCAGUUCUACUUUUAUUAAUUUGGUAUCCAAAAAUUGCACGGGUGACUCUAGGAGUACUUAUUUUGGCUGGAAAUAUUGUACCCUUCGUCAUUACUUAUACAAUGGAUUUGCCUGCUACAUUAAGUAGUACUGGAAGGACUUCUUUAAUGGAGUAUUUUAAGUACUACUACGUCCAAACAUAUUCCCGAUUUGGCCCUUAUGUCAUCGGUAUGUUGUUUGGUUGGAUAAUUUACAAUUUAAGGAAAAAGGAUCUUAUUCAAUCAAUGGACAAAAGUAAAAUAAAUUGGCUUGUUGUUACAACUUGGAUAGUAGCUUUGGCUAUUCUUGGUGCUUGUCUUUAUGGUGGUGCUGAUGUUGUAACUGAAGAAGAAGAUAAUUUAGUUGCAAGGUCGUUUUACAAUGGUUUCCACAGAAAUGGUUGGGCCUUAGGUGUCUGUUUGAUGACAACACUUUGUUCAAUUGGAUAUGGAGGUUCAAUUAAUGGUUUUCUUUCCAUCCCUCUGUUCCAAAUAUUGUCAAAAUUAUCAUACUCCAUGUAUCUGGUUCAUUUUUCUUUAGUUAUAUCUCAAAGAUUUUAUUCAGCAAAAGUUUUGUACUACUUUUCUGUCGGUAAUAUCUUUCAAGCAUUCUUUGGUGACUUUAUAGUUACCUUAGUCUACUCAUUUUUCCUUUGCACUAUUUUUGAAUCUCCAAUUAUCACCAUCGAAAAGUUUAUCUUCGGAGACCUCAAAAAAUCACCUGAAAAGUCUCCGGCCUAA